AUGGAUGAAUUGGAUUCUUCGUUUGAAGGUUCAUAUGCUCAUGAGGACCUAAAGAAAAGGCUCUUAAAUAACGAUUUGUAUGCUAUCAAGGAUGUGAUUGUUCCGAAACUCCGCAAAGAUGAAUAUAAAGGGUGUUCAGGUAAAAUUUGUGUUAUAGGAGGUAGUGAAGUUUAUUCAGGAGCUGUAUACUUAUCUUCUAUAUCUACCCUGAAGAUAGGAGGAGAUUUAUGUUUUGUUAUAACUACUGAUGAAAAUAAGUAUCCUUUAAAAAGUUAUAGUUGUGAACUUAUUGUAUAUCCUUAUUUAUAUACAAAAAAAUCUGAUAUUAAAGAAAUUGAGAAUAGCCCUUUAGAUAAAUGUAUAAAAUAUUUAUUAGAAAGAAUAGAUUCUUGUGUUGUGGGACCAGGACUAGGAGAAAUAGAUGAAUUUACAGAAGAAUGUUUAAUAUAUAUACUUGAAAAAUUUUUAGAAAAAAAUAUUUUUUUAAUAUUAGAUGCAGAUAUAAUACAAGUUAUUAUGACAAAUAUGAAAAUUUUUAAUCUUAUUAAAAACUAUAAAAAUUGUUUAUUAACACCAAAUAUAAAUGAACUAAGAAAAAUGUUAACACAUUUAAAUAAUAAUAUUAUUAAUGAAGAUGUUAAAAAUAUAGAUUUCAAACAUCUCACUGUAUACAAAAUUAUUCAGUAUGCUCAUGCAUUAAAGUCUGUUUUGAAUGCUCCUAAAAUUUUAAUCAAAGGAUUUCAUGAUGUAUAUAUAAGCGAUCAUUUUUUUUUCGUCUUUUUUAUGAAGAGACAAUGUUUAAAGCGUUCUGGAGGCUUUGGGGACAUUCUCACUGGUAUUGUUUCCGUUUUUCUUUGUUGGGCAUCCAAAAUAAUAAAACAAGGAAUCGAAUUAAAGGAUAUAAUAAGUACAAAGGAAACAUUUCUAUCAGAAUCUUUUAAAGAUACUGUUUAUACAAAUACACAUGUACAAAACAAUGAUUUACUUCAAACAGUUGCAAUUUUUAAUGCUAGUUAUUUUCUAAAAUAUUUAUGUAAAAAAUGUUUUCGUAAAAAUCACAGAGGUCUAUUGGCUUCAGACGUUGUCAAUAGCAUUCCUCCGAAUUUUUAUCGCAUAUAUGACUUGAAAAAAAAAAUUAAAAAUAAUAAAAUUAAAAAUAAUAUAAUUAAAAAAUAA